GAGGAAAGAAAAAAUCGCGGCUAAAACCUUGGUUUGGAUUCGCAUCUCCGUACUUUCUCGAAUAUAUCAAAAUAGACAAUAAUGUCGGAGACAAAAGCUGCUGAUGUGGAACUGAAGAUUGUAGAGCCUGGAGAUGAAGUCCAAAAAGAAACGGAGAAGGCGAGUGAUGAUAUCAAAGCAGAAGAUAUUAAAGUAGAGGAUGAUGUUAAAGCCCAGGAUGAAACUGCCAUUGAUCCAGCUGCUGCAGGUGAUGCUAAAGAUACUAAUAAAGAUGAGACAGAGGGCAACAAAACAGAUGACGAGGAGACUGAAAAGUUACUCAAAGAUGAUGAAGAGGUGGCAGCACCUGCAGCGACAGCAUCUGUUGCCAAGGUGAAUGAAUCUCCAAAAGAUGUCUCCACUACCGAAAAUGGAGGUACAAAACCAGACUCAAAACAAGUUCCUUUUUUGAAGCGCCCAUUUGUACGUUGGGCUCUGAUAGCUCUUUUCACGAUUCUAAUUUUGGUGGUUAUCAUCGUGAUAAUAAUUGUCGCUGCUGUACAUCCCGAUCCAAGCAAGAAGACUCCUUCUAAGUCACCAAAUAGUACAUUUUCCUAUGAUGACCCAAGGGCUAUUGCUCAAGUAUCGUGCGGUUCUCUGCAGGGUGUCAUUGAAGACCAGGUCUUUGUUUUUAAGGGUAUACCUUAUGCCGAACCCCCCACUGGAAACAAUCGAUGGAGGCGCCCUAAGACUGAAUCUAUUAAAUGUGGGACUGAGAACAACACAUAUAAUGCUAAACAGUUCAAAAGUAAAUGCUUCCAGUAUGAAUUUGGAUCAGAAAAAAUAUUUGGAGCUGAAGACUGCUUAUAUCUUAAUGUUUGGACUCCAAGUUUUAAUAAAACUAGAAAACGACCUGUUAUGGUGUGGAUCCAUGGUGGAUACCUACAGUAUGGCAGUGGAAAUACAAAAGGUGAUAUGCCAACUCCGGAAGUCACCAAAUCUAUGGAUGUUGUCUUUGUCAGUUUCAACUAUCGUGUCAAUGCAUUCGGCUUCAUGGCCCUAGAGGAGCUAUCCCAGAAUUCCACAAGCAAAUCAUCGGGAAAUUACGGCUUCAUGGAUCAGAUUGCUGCUCUAACGUGGGUUCAGGAUAACAUUGAACAGUUUGGAGGUGACCCUUCUCAGGUUACGGUGUUUGGAGUAAGCUCUGGAGGGACAUCCAUAUAUGCACUGCUUGCCAGUCCUGAGGCUAAGGGCUUAUUCAGUAGAGCUUGGCUGAUGAGUAGUUCAGUCAAGUAUGAAGCAACUUUGGCCGAUGCCCAAGAAGACAAUAAGGUUUUCCUUGCAAAUACAAAGUGUGACCAGGCUGCAAAUCGGUUAGAAUGCUUAUAUAAUCUAACCCCACGUGAAAUUGUGGAUGCCAUACCUUGGGAUGUGUACCCUGCAUGGAGGAUGGCUGAUCUUACUGAUAUCCCCAAGAAUGGGCAGUUCUCUGGACCCGUAGCAAUAAUUGAUGGUGAAGUGAUACCCUCAGCACCAUUUGAUGUUUGGGCACAGGGUGCUGGGAAUGAUGUUCCUCUUGUAAUAGGAAACACAGCUCAAGAGAUCGAUUUUGCCCCCACAGAAAUGGAUCUUCCCACUUGGACCUGGGAGAAAUAUGAUCAAGUUGUCCGUGAUGCCAUGGACUCAUUUGACAACACCCUUGCUGAUCAGGUGUUACAAGAUUAUCCACACAAUGUGACACCACAGUUUCAGUUUACAAGUUUAGUAUCUGAUGCUAGAGUAAUUUGUGCAACUGAUGUCCUUACCCAGAAGGCAGCAGAUGCAUUCACGUCUCCUGUGUAUCGCUAUGUCCUUACAGCUGUACCAUCCAAACCAAUCACAUUAAAAUUCAAGUAUGCAGCUGAAUAUGCAUUCCAUGGUUUUGACUCAAUGUCAUUUUUCGGGGAUUUUUCCAAAUAUAUGGAUACUACCGGGGAAAAUGAGAAUAAAUUGACUGAAAUUUUGCGAAGUGGAAUUAAAGAGUUUGUUACAACAGGAAAGAUCACAAACUGGCCCGAUUGGGAAACUGGAACUGCAAUUAUAUCAAACAAAGUUGAAACUAGGCCAAGGUAUAAAGAGAAUGAAUGCAGACGAUGGGAAGCCGCCCCAUUUUUCCCUUCUUAUGCAUGGAUUAAUUAAUCUUUUUAAUUGAUUUAUUUAUUUAUGAUACAAGAUUGAGACACAUUUAAUCAAAUCAGGAUGAUUAUUGGUGGUUGCAGCCAAUAUCUGGCGUCAUGAUUAAACAGUAUGUUGUAAAUUUUGAAUUCUUGAACUUUAAGAAUUUUGUAGAUCUUUGAAAAUUUAAAAGAUUAAAUUGUGUAAAAAAGUUUGCAUUUACAUCAUGUUUUCAGAAAAAUUUAGAAUGCAUAUGAUUAAAAAGUAGAGUUGUAAAUUUUAUCCUAGAGGUAACUCUAAAAUAUUUUAAAAUACAAUAUUAUAACUAACCUAGAAACCUUUUCUGUAAUUAUCGAAGCUUGGGGAAAAUUCUUUAUUUAGAAAGUUAUUUAUUACCUUUCAAAAUAGAAAAUAUGCAAGUUAUUUUGCAAUAUCAAACUAGAAGUUUGUAGAAGUUUUUCACGCUAUGAUAUUCUCAGAAAAAAGGUUAAUAUCCAUGUGAUUGUAUGUCUAGAUUAAUAUCAAUAUUUAAAAUAUUUUGGGGUAAGGAGAUUUUAGUUUAUUGUGUGGUCUUAUAAAUGCUUUCAUUGUUGUUGUUGUUUAUUAAUGCUUUUAUGUUUUUUGGAAUCAAACUGAUGAGAUCUCAAUGUAUAUAUAUGUAUAGUGUAGAUAUGUGAGUGCAAUGUUUGUGUGAAACUUACAUCAAAUCAAACGGGCUUGGUCAAAUAUCAAUGUAUCAUGAAAUGAAUUUUUUUUUUUUGGGGGGGGGGGCGGGGGCUUGUGCAAUCACAUUGAUUGAUAAGUGGAUGAAACUGUUUUUUGUGAUAACAGUGACUUUAGUGUUGAUAUACAGGGUGGUCCAAAAAUGCCACUUUUUCACCCUGUAGGUCUUUGAUAGGUUUUGCAAAUACAUGAAAUAUUGAUACUUGCAUUUUGAUUAAGCCCAAAUAGUAUUUCAUCUGCAUCAAGUGUAUCCUGCUUUGUAUUGUCAGGUUCUCUUGUGCUGAUUUAGUACACAAUCUCUCUCAAUAAAGAACAGUAAAAUUAUGUUUGUCAAUAAUAAGGGGUGCUUUUCUUGAGACAUUCCUUAAAGAAUUUUAAAUUAUUGUUCUCAAGAUAUAAUACCAUGAUUUCCAUACAAUGGAAUUGAGAAAUACUUGUUUCAAGACCCCUGAUUCCGACCCUAAUUUAGUAGCAAAAGAAGGAGAGCAUUGGCAAAAAUAGAUAGUGUUAAGAAGCCAGAGUAGCUUAAUUUUUAGCUCAUUGUUUAGAAAAUGCAUUUGUUAGUAGACACCAGAUAGUCUGAUAGAGUUCAUAAAUACCAGUUUUAGCCAUUAGCAUAUUUUUAUUUUAUUUUUUAAAGACUUGUGUUCAUUACUGCUUAAUGGAUCCUGUAUAAUAGAUCUUUUAUCAGAGCAUUUUAGUCACUAGCAUAAUUUGAGUAUUUUUUUAUGAAUCUAUAUGUGUGUUUUACACAAAUACUUAUA